AUGACCAUCACUCCCAUUAGCCGCAGCGACUUCGAAGUCGCCAUCGUCUGCGCGCUACCUCUCGAGUACGACGCAGUAUCGCUCCUGAUCGAUAAGUUCUGGGACGAAAGUGGCGAUCGAUACGGCCGGGCUGUUGGAGAUGACAACAGAUACACAACGGGGCGCAUGGGGAACAUGGACGUUGUGGUGGUGUUGCUGUCGAACAUGGGAAAGGCCAGCGCUGCGGGCGCGGCAGCGAGCCUUCGGGCGAGCUACCCCGGGGUGCGGCUUGCUCUAUUAACAGGGAUAUGUGGCGGGGUGCCAAAGACGGCGAAGGACGAGGAGGUCCUUUUAGGCGACGUGAUCAUCAGCAAGGUUGUGAUACAGCACGACCUCGGCAGGCAGUACGCUGACGGCUUCGCGACCAAGGACACAGUCGAAGACGGCCUUGGCAGACCGACGAGGAAUAUUCGGAACAUGGUCACCUACCUGGAAACAAUCCUGGGACGCCGUCGACUUGAGGAGCGAGCGAAUACAUUUCUCCAGACGAUCCAGAAGAAGCCGCAGGGUCGGCGGCGUGGACCGAACUACGCGUACCCCGGGGCCGACCACGACCGACUGUUCCAGGCAAGCUAUCAACACAAGCACCAUACUUCGACUACAUGUGAGUGCGCGCAUCACCAAGGAGGUGCUGAUUCGGUCUGCGAGGCGUCUCGUAGUCUUCUAUGCGAGGACCUAGGAUGCAACGAUGCAUAUCUCGUCAGACGCGACCGUGUUGAGGAGAAACGUAAUCUUCAAAGCAAGGAUCGGCAACAAGCACAAGCGCCAUGGAUCUUCGUGGGACGUAUCGGCUCGGGCGACAUGGUGGUCAAGUCUGGCGAGAACCGUGACAGGCUCGCUGCGCGGCACAAGAUCGUGGGGUUCGAGAUGGAGGGCGCCGGCGUCUGGGACGAGGUGCCGUGUAUCGUUGUUAAGGGAGUGUGCGACUACGCGGAUAGCCACAAGAACAAGCGGUGGCAAGACUUUGCAGCGGCCACAGCAGCAUCGACGGCCAAGGCGCUGUUGGAGCAGUACACCAAGACCGACGCACCGGCUUCAGUGAUUGCAAGAGGCAUCGAGCCAGGCGACGACAGGGAACUCCGCCACGGCGGACCAUGUUUCUCGGUGCCUUUUCCGAAGAAUAAGCACUUCGUCGGGCGAACGACGAUCCUCGAAACACUUAUCGAAAAGCUAUUUACAGAUGAAGCCUGCCUAUGUGUCGCGCUCGUCGGGCUUGGCGGCAUAGGUAAGACACAGGUCGCACUGCAGGUGGCGUACUGGGCAAAGGAGAACCAGCCGGACUGCUCAGUCUUCUGGGUGCCCGCGCUGAGCGAAGCCAGCUUCGAGCAGGCGUGCAUGGACAUCGCAAGGAAGCUGGGUCUCCAAGGCGCCCAAGACGAAAGCCCGAUGCAGAUGGUCCAGCAGUACCUGAACUCCGAGGAGGCCGGUCCAUGGCUUCUUGUGGUGGACAAUGCCGACGACAGGGAGGUUCUCUUCGGGCCUUCGGAUGCUAGGGGCGGCAUGUACGAGUAUCUUCCGGAAGGCGAGAACGGCCGCAUCCUGUUUACGACACGAUCAAAAGAUGUGGCGGAUUUGGUGGCAGACGACGAGGUAGUCGAGCUGAAAGAGAUGAGCGGGGACGAGGCCAAGGACUGUUUGGGCAAGAUACUUGCCAGGAAAGAUCUGCUCCGAGAUGAUGCCAGAGUCAACGAGCUCCUGCGCGAACUGACGUAUCUGCCUCUGGCAAUCACACAGGCGGCAGCAUACCUGAAGAGGAACGGGGUCUCGAUUACGAAAUAUCUCCAACUGCUCCGAAGCACGGAGCAGGACAUGGUCGGCUUGCUGAGCCGACAGUUCCCGGACAAAACGCGGUAUGCAGGAUCGCAAAACGCAAUAGCCAGCACCUGGCUCGUAUCAUUCGAGCAAAUUCGCAAAACAGAUAGCGCGGCGGCAGAUAUACUGUCGUUUGUGUCGCAAAUCGAGCCGAAAGCGAUUCCGCAGUCGAUCUUGCCGAAGACAGGCACGGAAGAGGAGCUGAUCACUGCGAUUGGCACGUUAUGCACAUAUGCCUUCCUGAGCCGGAGAGAGGACGGCGAGACGCUCGACAUGCACAGUCUAGUGCAGUUAGCGACGAGGAUAUGGCUGGAGAGAGAAGGGACGGCGGAGAGUACACUGGAUGAAGUGGCAGUGCAUCUUGCAGGGGUCUUUCCAUCGGAUGAUUGGGAGAAUCGAGAGGUGUGGAGGCAGUAUUUGCCACAUGCAAUCAGAGUAUUGAGGGUCGGCAGGGCGAACGACGGUAAAGAAGUGUGUGACUUAGGUUACUGGGUAGGGCGAUGUUUAAAGGUCGAUGGGCGCAUCCGGGAGGCAGUUGAGUUUCUGGAGUAUGUGGUGGCGGUAAGGGGGAGGACGUUGGCGGAAGAGCACCCUGAUCGACUGGCAUCACAACACGCGCUCGCAGGAGCAUAUGAAGCCAACGGCCAGGUCGAGAAGGCAGUCGAUCUGCUAGAGCAUGUAGUAGCAGUAAAGACGAGGACGUUAGCGGAAGAGCACCCUUCACGACUGGCAUCACAACACGAGCUUGCAGGAGCAUACCGAGCUAACGGCCAGGUCGAGAAGGCAGUCGAGAUACUGGAGUAUGUGGUGGCGGUAGAGGCGAGGACGUUGGCGGAAGAGCACCCUUUACGACUGGCGUCACAACACGAGCUCGCAGGAGCAUACCGAGCCAACGGCCAGGUCGGGAAGGCAGUCGAGAUACUGGAGUAUGUGGUGGCGGUAGAGGCGAGAAUAUUGGUGGAAGAGCACCCUAAUCGACUGGCGUCACAACACGAGCUUGCAGUAGCAUACCAAGCUAACGGCCAGGUUGAGAAGGCAGUUAAUCUGCUGGAGUAUAUAGUGGCGGUAAAGGCGAGAAUAUUGGUGGAAGAGCACCCUGAUCGACUGGCGUCACAACACGAGCUUGCAGUAGCAUACCGAGCUAACGGCCAGGUCGAGAAGGCAGUCGAGAUACUGGACUUGCAGUAG